AUGGAGGAAGAAUUGGUCCAGCAGUCUUCCUCGACCUGGCCCCCGCCACCACCUUUCUGGCAAGCUUUCACUCCCGAGAAUAUUGCGCGUAUAGAGAAAUCGAGGCAGCAACAGGCAGAGAGGGAGGGUGUCGAGGAUGCCUCUAACGUCCGCCUCCACGAUCUUCCCCGCGAGCUGCGCGCCCUACAGCCUCCACUAGAACCGGCCGAUGGAGAAUGGAGAGUCUUCGGCGACAAGUAUAGGCUUGUGGACGAGCUUCCGAAGCUCGAGGACAUGCAGAUUCGGCGCUUAUUUCCCAACCCGGAGGACAGGGACCGUGACGGGAAACAUUUUGAUCGCGCCCUCAUACUCAAACGACUAGCCAAGUCCCUGCUUCUGAAUUUCCUCGAGCUCAUGGGCCUCUUCGCUAUCAAUCCCGAGGCGGCCCAGGACAAGAUCACAGAUAUUCGCGACAUGUUUAUCAACUUCCACCAUCUCAUCAACGAAUACCGACCCCACCAGGCACGCGAGUCCCUCAUCUCCAUGAUGCAGGCGCAGCUCGACCGCACGCGGGCAGAGACAAACGCCAUACGCGACGCCAAAGACAAGACCGAGCGGAUAAUGGAAGGACUCGGCAGCCUCAAGUUCGGCGACGAGCUGGUAGGCGACUCAACCCCCCAGAAGGACCCCUGGGCCACCCAGCGAGAGGUGUGGGCAUCCGCCCUCGCAGACAUCUCCUAG